UUCACUUUCGGUGAGAGUUUCCUAGAUCGAAGCUCACAGCAAAAACAGUGAUCAGUACACCUAUUGAAACCCUCCUCCUCUUCUGACCCUUCUUCAUUUCACCCGAAACCAACAACUCAGAUCUAAUGGCCAUCCAGUUGAGGGCUUCUUCCUCAUUCUCUUGUGUUCCUACUUUCACUCGCUCAUACACACAUGAUGUGUUUCUGAGUUUUAGAGGCGAAGAUACUCGCUACGGUUUCACAGGUCAUUUGCACAAGCACUUGGUUAACAGAGGGAUCAACACCUUCAUAGAUGACGAGCUUACAAGAGGCGAAGAAAUUUCACAAUCACUUCUCCAAGCCAUGGAAGGAUCAAAGCUCUGUCUCAUCGUGUUUUCGGAAAACUAUGCAUCCUCAAAGUGGUGUCUGGAUGAACUGGUUCAUAUCCUUGAAUGCAGACAAUCUAAGAACCAAAUGGUCCGGCCAAUCUUUUACAAAGUGGAUCCAUCGCACGUAAGACACCAAAGAGGUACGUUUGGCGAGGCACUGGCAAAGCAUGAACGCAGAUUUGAAGAUGACAUGGACAAGGUGUCAAGAUGGAGAGCAGCUCUAACAGAUGCAGCAAAUUUGUCUGGAUGGCAUUACUCUACAGGGUAUGAAUCUAAAUUUAUUGAGACAAUUGUCGAAGAAAUUUCUCAAAAAGUAAGAGAACCUACCUAUUUGGCUAUGCCAAGGUGCCAAGUUGGGCUAGACUUUCCGGUAAAACUUGUGCUUGAAAUGUUAGAUGUUGGGGGAAAUAGUGUGCGCAUGGUAGGGAUAUGGGGAAUCGGUGGAAUAGGCAAGACAACAAUUGCUAAAGCUGUUUACAAUGAAACUGCCCAUAAGUUUGAUGAUAGCUGCUUUUUGGGAGAUGUAAGAGCAGGUUCAGAGCAACAUGGAGGUUUACUCAACUUACAAAAUACUCUUCUCUAUAGCAUUGUGGGUCAGAAAGGAAUGAAGAUAACCAAUGUUGAUGAAGGAAUUACAACUUUGUCAGAAAGGUUGAAACACAAAAGAAUUCUUUUAGUUGUUGACGAUGUGGAUAGUUUGAACCAGUUAAAGAAAUUAGCCGGGAGAACUGAUUGGUUUGGUCAUGGCAGCAGAGUUAUCAUUACAACAAGAGAUAUGCGUCUGUUGACUGCUCAUAGAGUUAGUCAGAUAUACAAGGCCCGGGAACUAAAGGAUGAUGAAGCUCGUAAGCUGUUCUGUGAAAAUGCCUCAAUAGCAUAUUUGAAUAUGGAUAACGAUGAAGAGCUUGCAGUGAAAAAUAUUGUUUCAUAUGCUCAAGGUCUUCCAUUAGCGCUAGAAGUUUUGGGUUCACAUCUACGUGGCACAUCUAUAGAUCAGUGGCAAGGUUCAUUAAAUGUGUACAGAAGAAGCACUCUUCAAGGGAUUCAAAAGAUUCUCAGAAUCAGUUACAGUUCCCUGGAAGAACAAGAAAGACAAAUAUUUCUUGACAUUGCAUGCUUCUUCAAAUAUAAAAACAAGAAUGAUCUGAUAAGAAUAUUGGAUGGCUGUGGUUACACUAACUCUGCAUCUAGUAUUGAAUUUCUUGGGCAAAAGGCCCUCUUAACUACUGAAUAUCAUCAAAUUUGCAUGCACGAUUUGCUAGAAGAGAUGGGAAAAGAAAUAGUUCAUGAAGAAUCCCCUAAAGAGCCUGUUCGCCGCAGCAGAUUGUGAGAUCACAGAGAUGUUCUCCAAGUUCUAACUGAGGACACAGGAACAAGUAACAUUGAAGGCAUAAUUGUAAAGAUGCCUACAGCCAAGGAGAUACACUUGAAUCCUAAAUGCUUCAAAAUGAUGGAAAGACUUAAAAUCUUUAUAAACGUCAAUGGCCGGUUUGUCGGAAAGGUUAAGUAUUACCCGACUCAACUGCGGUUACUUGAUUGGCCAGAAUGUCCCUUACAAUCUCUGCCCUCCAAUUUCAAUAUGAAGAAAAUGGUCGAACUUAACCUGCGUGGCAGCCACAUCUCACGUUUUGGAAAAGGAUUCAAGAGUAUGCCAAAUCUGACAUCCCUAAAUUUGAAGAAAAACAAAUUCCUUAAACAGAUCCCCGACGUUUCUGGAUGCCCAAACUUAGAGUUCCUGAAUCUAAGCAAGUGUACAAGUUUAGUGGAGGUUCACUCUUCGGUCGGAUCCCUUGAAAAGCUUAUUAAGCUGGAUCUUUACAGCUGCCAUAACCUUGUAAAGCUACCAGACAAGGUCAACUGGAGAUCUCUUCAAGACAUUAAUCUUCAAUUUUGCUAUAGGCUGGAGAGAUUCCCAGAAAUAGUGGGAGAAAUGAAAUACAUAACAGAGUUCGAACUAUACUACACUGGAAUCAAAGCAUUGCCUUCAUCCAUUCGGAAUCUAAUCAACCUUGAAACCUUGAGGUACAGAUGUGGAAACCUCAUAGAUCUACCUCGCAGCAUUCCAUUGCAAAAGUUACGUGAAUUUAAUUUGACCUGGUGCCCAAAACUGGAAGUGGUAUACUCGGAAGUUUUAAAUCACGACCAUGAUUUCUCGCCAGAUCCAGGCAAUUUGGCGCCUCCUCGGCUGCGUAGUUUCACUGUGGGAAAAUGCAAUUCAGCUGAUUUCGAUAUCAUGGCAUCCCUUGGUCUUCCAUCCACUUUAUGUUCACUUAACUUAUCAGGAUGCCCCAUUGUUUUUCUUUCCGAACGCAUCAUCAAGAAAUUAAUCAAUUUGACGUCGCUUUAUUUGAGCGACUGCAGGAGACUCGUAGAAAUUCCAGAGCUUCCAUCAGGUGUUGAAAUGUUGGAUGUGAGGGGUUGCGUAUCAUUGGAGAGAAUAUCACUGUUGUCAAACAUUGCGGAGCGUAAAGAAUCACAAAUGAUUAAAAUAAUGGACUUGGCUGAUUGCUGGAGACUGUGGCGAAACUUGGUUGGCAGUGUGGAAGAUGAUGAGGUGCUUGCAGAUCUCUUCUCUCUACUCCUAUCUUCUCAGCUAUCCCCUUUCACAAUUAAAUUUCCAGUUCCAAGAAGCGAGAUUCCAAAGUGGUUCAGCUGCCAAAUGGAUUUCAAGGGGCAUCGACUGUUUCAAUUCUGGAUUGAAGCACUCCCAAAUUUCAAAUGGGACAACACUGGAUUGGCUCUCUGUGUUGUUGUUGAUCCGCAUGAGUACGAUUUGCACUGUUUUAUGGUAUAUAUUCACAUCAAUGAAGUGUGUGUGUGGCAUCUCCCCUUACGGUUCCUUUAUUCUACGGAUUGGAAUCAUGCGUGGGUGCAGUAUGUUCCAUUCCUUGACAUGUGGCGAGUUGAUUCUACGCUUCCAGUGCCACCUUUUACUUGUCGAGUCACUAUUCAUCAAGACCAUUCCUGUAAGGUGUUCUUAAAAAGCUGCGGGGUGCACCUGGUAACGCCACUCAAGGAAGACGUUUGUAUGAAGCUAAUCCGUGCGGAGAACCUCACCAGUAAACUUUCUGAUGAUGAAGUUUCUCAGAUCAGAGCAGAGGACUGACUGCAAAAAAUUAUAUACAGAUGCACUACUGGAGAACCAAAAUCUGUAAUAAUCACUAAUGCAGCUAAGUAUUAUGUAUAUCGGAAUCAAUUCUCGGAGACAGGUCUGCAUUUCAAGUUCUCCCUUCUUUGUUAUCUUUGGAGUUUCAAACUGAUUCGUAUUAUUAACUAUUGAUUUCAUGUAACUACUAAAUUCUAAAAUUGUAUCAGUGAAAGGAACAUUACAUUUCUGAUUUCACCAAUGAACUUGUAGAUGCACGUUAUCUAUUCACUUGCAAGUUCUUUCUAUUUAUUUCCUCACCAUAAAGUAAAGAGUGAUCAGAUCGUGCGUGUUGCAAUCAUGCACGAACAAAUUUACUGUUUCUAAUUUGAAUGCAUGAUAUUGAACCCAGCAAGACCAUUGCACAUCUCUCAGUAUUCCAAAACACGAAGCCAAAAUAUGGUCCUCAGUUUUGCUUUUGCUCACUAGCUAACUCUAACUCGCACUCAUAAGUCUCAUUGAUAUGAACAUGCUUUAUCUUCAACUGUAUUAGUUGCCUACAGGGGCUAGCUUUGACAAGAGAAGCAUUGCUCUUAUAUGAAUAACAAUACCUGCCAACGUUUUCAUUCUUGUAGCAAUGACGCCUUUUUUACCAGAUUAAUAUCUGAAGUGUACUUAAACCUGUUCGACACUUUGCCUCAACCAUUCUUCUAUGUUAGGUAGGCUUGGAAGAGUAGUGGAUGCAUACGAGUUUGUUCAAGGGUUGGGUGAAGAGGGUUAUGUGAUGGAAAUUUGGGGAUCACUUCGUGGUGCAGGCAGACAUUUCAUAAACAAUUUGAACUGGGCAAGAUUAUUGCGUAUAAAUUGCUUGAAAUAAAAGCUGCAAUGACAAGGCACGCUACCACGUUUUGCUGUCGAUGCCGGAAAACGACAGAUAUGAGCGCGUGAUUUUGAUCUUUUAUCACUGGUACUAUCUAAUGGAGUAAUGGUUCUUUAAUAUGCAACAAUGUAUAUUGUACUUUUCGGAGAAGAUAUAAUUUCAGGAAUUUGGCGAACCUGUAAAUUUAAUUUAUUCUUUCUAUUAGAAAUAGGAAUUUACGUAUAAGAAAGAAAGCUAACAGAUUGCUGUGGAAAGAGUUAUGGAAGUAUCCCACUUUUACUUUUGAUUCUGAAUCGUAGGAAUUCUGUUGCUUGUAAACAACAGUCGUAGGGGAUUCUCUUCCGAUAUUGGUCAACUUAAAAUGUCGAAGAAAGCCUAAACUAGGCUGAUAUGGUUACCUUCAAAAUUUGUAUACUCUCUGUAGAUAAAAGAUGUGGUCGUUGUGUAGAGGUGGAGGAACUAUGGAGACUGGUUAAAGCCAUGGAUAUCAAGAAACUGUGGGGGUUCUGUUUCUUGGAG